AGGAGGCCAUGUUGUUGUAGUUCGGUGGAUCUGGACCGUCAUAUCCCUCCGUUACUGUAUGUCUGUGCGAUCAUCACCCCCCUCCCGUUUUUGACAUCGGGGACACGUAAAUAAACCGGAGGGCGCAAACGGUGACUCGCACAAUGAAUUUAAGCCUGGAUCUGUCGCGCAGAAACCCUCAGGAGGACUUUGAGCUGAUUCAGAGGAUCGGGAGCGGAACCUAUGGGGAUGUGUACAAGGCUCGUAAUGUCAACACUGGAGAACUGGCUGCUAUCAAAGUCAUCAAACUAGAGCCAGGAGAGGAUUUUGACGUUGUGCAGCAGGAGAUUAUUAUGAUGAAAGAUUGUAAACACUCAAACAUUGUUGCGUAUUUUGGCAGUUACCUCAGGAGAGAUAAAUUAUGGAUCAGCAUGGAAUACUGUGGUGGAGGCUCUCUCCAGGAUAUUUACCAUGUUACCGGGCCGUUGUCAGAAUCCCAGAUUGCGUAUGUAUGUCGAGAGACCCUGCAGGGUGUUUACUAUCUCCAUAACAAAGGCAAGAUCCACAGAGAUAUAAAGGGCGCAAAUAUACUGUUGACAGACAAUGGCUACGUUAAGCUAGCUGAUUUUGGAGUUUCUGCACAGAUAUCAGCCACUUUAGCCAAACGAAAAUCCUUCAUUGGAACUCCAUAUUGGAUGGCACCUGAGGUGGCAGCAGUUGAGAGGAAAGGUGGCUACAAUCAGCUGUGUGAUAUUUGGGCCGUAGGCAUCACAGCUAUUGAGCUGGCAGAGUUGGAGCCGCCAAUGUUCGACUUGCACCCCAUGAGAGCACUCUUCCUAAUGACCAAGAGCAGUUUCCAACCACCUAAGCUGAAAGACAAAGUAAAGUGGACAAAUAAUUUCCACCACUUUGUGAAAAUGGCUUUGACCAAAAAUCCCAAGAAGAGACCAACAGCUGACAGAUUACUGCAGCACCCUUUCGUUACCCAACCACUUAGCCGGACUCUUGCAAUUGAGCUGCUGGACAAAGCCAAUAACCCUGACCACAGCACACACAGUGAUGCAGAGGAGGAUGACAUUGACCCAGAGUCUCCCGUGUCUGUUCCACAUCGAAUCCGCUCAACUAGCAGGAGCUCACGAGAUGGAAAGACUCUGUCUGAGAUUAACUUUGAUAAGGUGAAGUUCGACCCACCUCUGAGAAAAGAAACCGAACCGCAUCAUGAGAUGGAUCUUCCAUUAGAGCCCCAAAGCAUUCUUGGAAAUAACAAGAGUCUAUUAAAAUCUGUUGCUGAGGAGCUCAAUCAAAGGGGUCAUGUGACACAUUUAGAGGAUGAGGAGGAGGAUGAAGGUGAUGAUUUGCACACCAACUCCACUUCAACCAUGAGGCCUAAAGUACCACCUCCUCUGCCACCCAAGCCGAAGCUUCUGUCUCCCGGUCAGAACAGUUCCGCCUCAGAGGACAGUACCGGAGAAGGAACCAUUAAACGUUCCCCAUCUUCUGCAAGCUCCACCCCUCCUGCUCGGCCCGCUUCCUGUGUGCCCCCCAGACCGCCACCUCCUCGCCUGCCUCCACACAGGCGUAGUAGUCUAGGUAACAAACCAUCUGAGCAUGAUCACACAGAGCCAGCAGGGGAUGAUGGGAUUUAUAGGUUCUGGGAAUGGCUUCAUGCUGAACAACAGGAAGAACAAAGUAAUGGAGUUUCUGUCCAAGAGAAUGGAGAGAAAGAAAAACUGGCCUCCCUUCCCUCAUGCAAUCUAAAGCUUCCACUCAGUAAUGGCCUCCCACCGACUCCUAAAGUGCAUAUGGGAGCUUGUUUCUCUAAAGUGUUUAACGGCUGUCCUCUAAAGAUUCACUGUGCCUGUUCCUGGAUCAACCCAAACACCAGGGAUCAGUAUCUGAUUUUUGGUGCAGAGGAAGGAAUUUAUACACUCAAUCUGAAUGAAAUCCAUGAGAGCACAAUGGAACAGCUGGUUUCACGGAGGUGCACGUGGGUGUAUGUAAUGAACAACUGGCUGCUUUCAAUAUCAGGAAAAGCUUCUCAGCUGUACUCUUACAACCUGACGGGGCUCUUUGAGCAAGCUCGACAAAUGCAGAAGUUACCUGUUGCAAUACCAACACACAAACUCCCAGACAAAAUCAUCCCACGGAAGUUUACUGUGUCCAAUAAAAUACCAGACACGAGGGGUUGUCAGAAAUGUUGUGUAGUGCGGAACCCGUACACCGGUCAUAAGUACUUAUGUGGAGCUUUCCAGUCCAGCGUAAUGCUGUUUGAAUGGGUGGAAGCCAUGCAGCGCUUCAUGCUGAUAAAGAGCAUAGAGCUUACCCUGCCAUGUCCAUUAGAAGUCUUUGAGAUGUUGGUGGUACCUGAACAGCAUUAUCCACUGGUUUGUGUAGCGGUCAGUAAAGGAAGCCAUCCUGAUCAGGUGGUCACGUUUGGGACUGUUGAUGCCAAUGCUGCCAACCCUGCAUUCACAGAGCCCGAAACACCUCAAACGUGUGUCAUUCAUGUGACUCAGCUGGAGAGAGAUACUGUCCUAGUGUGUUUAGAUCGGUGUAUAAAGUUGGUGAAUUUACAGGGCAGGUUAAAAUCCAACAGAAAGCUGUCAACUGAACUCACCUUUAACUUCCAGAUUGAGGCAAUAGUGUGUCUGCAGGACAGUGUUUUGGCGUUCUGGAAGCAUGGAAUGCAGGGAAGAAGCUUUAAAAACAGUGAGAUUACUCAGGAGAUUUCCGAUAACUCGCGAAUCUACAGGCUGCUGGGUGCGGACAGAGUGGUGGUGUUAGAAAGCAAACCGACGGAAGACCCUACAGCUCAAAGUAAUCUGUACAUCCUCGCGGGCCACGAGAACAGCUACUGACAACACACUGCCUUAACACAUACCACAUAAUGCACGCUUCAAAGUACAUGCUCCUGAGACUUAUACACCUCAUUUUCAUUUAUAAAGCUACUGAACAAAACACUACAGGAUUAAAAACAAUCUCAAAGAUUUAAACACUACAUAGAUAUUUUAAUACCAAAAUCUUUGGUUUGGUAUGAUACCAGCCCCUGGUACCUCAGUACAGGCAGAUGUAGUUAAACCGUUUAAUGUGCGUAAUAGAUUCGCAUAGCAUGUAACGGUAAUUCAAAUAAUUGAAAUUAAUUUCCAGUUAAUACGUUAUCUUUUGGUAUCGUACUGGUUUUGGCAGUAUUUUUUUUUUUUGUACUGCCAAACUGUGUGAAUACUAAAACUAAACUCUUCAGAGACACCUUGAUACACAACCAUCAGUUUUGCUUUGUAACAGUCUAGUACAACAGUUGUCUAAACGGGGACACAAAUAACAUGGCUUUUAUAUCUGGCAUGAUUUGCAGGUGUUGUACCAUCUUGUACCAAGCUUUGUAGCUUACUGCAUUGACGCAGGCCUGUAAACAGCUCCUCUCUGUGUCUUACUAAUACAGUUCACACACAACGUGUUCUUGCACUUAAAAAUAGAAGAACACAAGAAUGUGUUUACAUAGAAAAACAAAAAAAAGCAGUGGAAUGGAAAGCAAAAACAUGCUCUGUGUGAACCAACCGUAAGUCUAACCAAGUUGUAAUUUCUUUCUCUAUUUUUCCUCUUUAGGCGUCUCCUUUUAUCAUAAGGUGUGAAAAGCUUGUUUAAAAAGUACAUUGUCAUUUGUAGAGAUUCAUGAAGCACUUUCAAAGUCACUUUCAAACAAAGCUAUUUUCUAGUGGUCAGGACAGCAAAUUAAUGUGACAAAUUAAUAUAACCCAAUGCAAAACCUUUCACCCUAAUGAGAAAUCAUAUUAAAAUGACCAGAUUUUGCCCACGAAAAUUUGCUAAACACAUGUAAAUGUAACUGCAUUUUAAGGCAAUUGACCCUUCGCAGGGAGUUUGAUUGACAGGCGAUCUGAACAAUCAUAACGAUGAAUCUGCUGAAUUUUUGUCCAACAAACAAACCAGACAAGAGAGUAGAUUAACAGUGGACUUGAACUUGGAAAAAAUGUGUGUACUGAUGUCUUUCCGCAGUUAAAACAAGAUACCUUCUUAUUAGAGCUGGGCGAUGUAGCAAAAAAUAGUUGGAUUUUGAGUCAUUCGCGCGUGAAGUUCACUUCACAACAGACAUGAUUUGCAGAAAAGAUGCAUGAACUACAACUACGUCUUGUACAAACUUGUCUUAUACAUAUUAUAUGUUAAGAAAUAAUAUGAGGAAAAUGCUUUUAAAAAAAUCUCUAAAGUUAAGGUAAUUCAAAUGCAAAAUGACUAAAGGUAUAACACCAGUAAACUAUUAACUAUAAAUGUUCUGUAAAAACAAUUAAUAGCAGGUUUCAGCCUGUCACCAUGAUGCAAACAUGAAAUAUCGGACAUACAGUAGCAGUUCUUCAUUCGAUUGCGCUGCUUUUCCAUAGCUUUUUUCUACGUAAACAUGGACAUGUUUAACUGUUACACUCGCGUCUCUAGCAGCGACGUGUGAAUGAAACAGCAUUCUAAAAACUGAGCAGUGCUCAAUUUAAAAGUAGUUCAUUCUCAUCUUCUUGCAUGUUUUUUCUGCUCCACUGACCGUGUCGCAUCUUUGUCAACACAAAAGCACGUUCUGUGUAACUGUGUAACGCGUCACACGUGAACGGUUAAUCACGUGUGCCGAUAUGCGGUUUUAUCUUUAUUGGCAUAUUGUCAGAGUGUCUAAUUCUAAUGCGUGGUGAUAUUUCUAUUCAAAAUCGCGAUUCCUCGAAUCUGAGACUGAUCUGAAUCUGAAAAGCUGAGACUUUGUUUUAUACCUAAAGUAACCUGUUCUGUUUUGUCUGUCGACACGUUGUCAGUUUUCUCUUUGUUCAGCAAUGUACACUGUGUGAGAACAUGAUGUGUGCCGUGAGAGCGGCAUGGCUUGUCGGACAUAGCAACAGUAACGAAGGGAGGCGGGUCUUUGCGAAGGGUCAAUUCAGUAAGGUUUAUAACUGUUAGAUCCACAUGUCCUUAUUAACAGCACAAUAACAAACAAUGGAACCUCAGUUGCAUAAAUUAUGAAUGUUAAUAAUGUUAUUCACACAGAAUGCAUGUAAAAAAUGUGAGACACAGGGCAGUGGAAUAAAAAAACGACACAUUUUUAAAAAAGUUACACCACAUUUUUUGAAAACGCAAUGUCAUUCACAAGAUUCUACCAGAGGAGCAAGAGUAAAGGUCAAGUCUAGCACGUUUACAUACAAAAUAAUAAAAAAGCAGGGCAGAGAAAUACAGAAACGUUCUCUGUGAACAGAAAAAAAAACCCGCAGUACGUUUUAGUGGCUAAAUAUAAGAUAAUAAGUGUCAUUUUGUUUGACUGUUUAAAUGUACACUAGGGGCGCCAUUCUAUGUCAUUAUUCUGCCGCUCGUUUUACUUAAACUGAGGUAAAGUCCUGAAGAAUUUUUUUGUUACCACAUCCAGUAGAUUAAGCAUUGAAUGAUGAAAUUAAUAAUAGCCAAUAUAAAUAUUUUCAUCAAAGUGUGUCAUUCAUGGAGUAGUGAUAUCCUUAAUUCUUCAUUUCCAUUAUUAAAAGUAAAAGUACUGUGGCUUUAUCAUACUAUCCACCUUUUCUUCAAUGUGGAGGUAAGCUUAUGGGUGAAACUGUUUGCAAACAAACCAGUGUGUUCAUAAUUAAGGUAAUACAUUUAAAUAAUAUGAUAAGACACUGAUUUAUAAUGUCAAGCAACAAAACGGCUAUUGAUGAGACCGGAAGCCUGGUCCAUAAAAUUUACAAAUGAAGAAAAAGAUGGAUAGUAGUCAGAUAGCAGUACCAUAUAUAUAUCAUGGUUUUGAAUACCAUGAUAUUUACAUGGUACUCAAGGUGCUUCAAACAAUGUCAUGGUAUUACUGUAGUACAAUAUCCAAGAAGCCAUGAUAGUACCGCAAUAUGAUUGUUUGUUCUGCCUGUUACUGUAACAAUAUCAUGCACGUCAUCAUGAGCCACUUAAUGGGAAUGGAGUGAUUUUUAGAGUUUUUGUAUUUCAUUAUUUAUGCAGAAGGGCCAAGUGUCAUGUUUUAGUUCAUUACCAAGCACUGUUAUUGAAGGUUUGCACAAUACGUUUGCUCACAUGUGCUUUUCUCUGCGUGCUGUGUGUGUGUUAAUGGGUGAGUGCGCACUUGCUGGCUAUGAUGUCAAUAGUAAGAGUAUAACAGAUAAAGAAUUACUAUUUAUCAGGCUUAUGGAAAAGUGAACAGAGAUAACAAUGUGUAAUGAAUGCAGUAUGUGUACAUACAAAAUGGGAAGUCCGAAAAAGAGCUCUUUUUUUAGAAUGUAGCGGUCUGUGAAGCUUUCUAGCAUUUUCAUCAGUUUGUACGCUAUCAUAUCUAAUUCCUAAUUGUUCCUUUUUUGUGUCAAAAUAGCAAAUUCAUGUUUCGUUUAGCUGAAUGCGCAAAUUUAGCAUGUCGUGUCUACCUCUAACAUGCAUUUAAAAACUUUACAUAAAAUCACUCGCCAUUUAAACCCAAAUA